AUGCCUAGGGGCGUUUGCUUGCAAUUUCGGGAGAUGCACCAUUACUCGAGCCGAAUUGAGAGGAGCUGCAGAAGGAUUGGAAAUGGCCUGGCAGCUUGGUCAUAG